AUUGAAGUCGACGCCGAGAAGGCGGCCAAAGUUGUCAAAGAACUCAACGGCAAGUCCAUCGACGAGAUCAUUGCCAAAGGCUCUGAGAAGUUGGCGUCCGUUCCCUCAGGAGGUGGUGCGGCGGUGGCCGCAGCUCCCGGUGGGGCUCCCGCUGCUGGAGGGGCCGCCGAUUCGCCCAAAAAGGACUCCAAGAAGGAGAAGAAAGAGGAGUCCGAAGAAGAAGAAGACGAAGACAUGGGUUUCGGUCUCUUUGACUAAAAUAAUGAUUAUUUUGUAACAUAACUUAAACAAUAAAAUUAAGUUUUGAUUUCAAUAAUGGA